AUGGAGACACAUUCGCGGCGCAUAGGUGGUUCACCUGGCUCAAAUAAAGUGACAGUUCCCUUUUAUGUACCACCACCAUCAGUCAAAAAAACUAGUGCUGAAAUUAUUAAUGAGGCUCGAGCAUCUAUCAGAAAAGGGGGAACUAUGGGCAUAAGUGUAUCUCCAAGUGAAGUGGGAAUGGGUUUUUCUCCCAGUGUACGUCCUCUUGACACCAAACGCCCUUUUACUCCUCGUGAAAGACAGCGCACUUUGUUUGGAUCCUCAAACAAUUAUAGUCGUAGACCGCCUUCCUCCUUCAGUCUGGGUUACUUGCAAUUUCAAGAACCUGACUUAGGAAGCACUACUCCUCCUAAUUUGAGAAGACUCAAUCCAUUACCAUUUUCUCCAUCUUCAUCUCUGAAUUCAUCCCUAAACUCUUCACUGAGUAGCAGUGGAUCUUCUGCUGACCAAUCUACUUGGCGUGCAUUAGUUUCUGGAGAUGCACUUGACUUAUCAGACAGUUUGCCAUCAAACUUCAAAAGAAGAGAGCGUGCUGGAUCAUCCAAUGUACAGGCUUCUAAAUUUCUUCCAUGUUUUGAUGGAAGCCCACCAAAAGUGCGAUUACCAGCUAUUGGUAGUGGAUCUCACCUAAUAACUCGAAGAAGCCAAUUCAGAGCAACUGCAUCACUUGAUAAUCUGCCAGAAGAGGUGGAAGGGGAGGAUCUUGAAAGCCCAGGUUCCAGCAAUAGUGAAAAUAGUACCAGAGAACCUCCACCAAUUCGGAAAGCUUAUAGCAGUCCUGUUCAACGUACUCGAUCAAGAGAUGUAGAUAUGGAAAAAGAUAUAUUUGGACCUUUAGAAACAAAUGACUUGCAUUCUCCCACAUCAAACAAAAGAUCACAUGCAUUUGAAAAUGAAAUUAUUGAAAAUUCCCGUAAAAAGGAUAAAAAAUUCAGCAAUGAUGAAAUUGCAAAGAAGUGUAAAGAUAAUGCAUGGGGUCUCAAACAAAAUGAUUCUGUUGAUGAAGUUCACAAACUGUUUGCUAAUUCUCAAGAACCUUAUAAAUCUUCAAAACGAAAAGAAACAUUAGAAAUUCAUGAUAUUAUUAGUAGCAAUACUGAGGAACAUGCAGAAGUUUCAUCUUUCAAAUCUAUAAUUGAAAAUUCUCCCUUAGAUGAUUUGCGAAGUGAAAAGAAUGCUGUUCCAACAAAAACAAAAGAUAAUAUAAAGAAGGAAAAUAAGGAAGACAAAAUGGAUGAAGAUCUCUUAGAAAUCCAGCCUGAAAUUUUCAAGCUAACAAAACCAAGCAAAGAAAAUAAUAAUUUUAAGAAUGAAUUAAAGACGGAAGAAAUAAGAACCAGUAUCAAUCAUGAAAAUGGUUUUGUAACUCCAAAAGCAGUAACUGAAAAACAGAUUUCUGAUAACAACAAGAAGCAAACUUCUGAAAUUAUUGAAAGUAGUAGAAUGUUUGAGAACUUAGGAAUGAAUGACACAUCAUCUCUUCCUGUCUCUCCUGACACCCAGUACUUAGCAAGUGCCAAAGAGGCUCUUCUCUCUGACUUUGAAGAAACAAAGGGAAUGAAAAUUAGUGGAGUUAGACAGACAGAUGCCAAGAACAUUGAGGAAUUCAUUCCACAAAAACCAUUUAAAAAAUCUGAAAAUCUCAAAAUCUCAAAAUCAGCCAUUGAGAUAAAAAAAUCACCAAGUGAACAAACAACAGUUUCUGAAGAUCCCAUCUUAGGUGCUAUUCAACAAGCAAUGUUGGACAGAUUCCCACCAAAAGAAACAUCAGAUAGACCAUCUGAAAUUUCUUCCCGGCCAAAAAGUGGAAGGGCAAAAAGUGCUAAGAAAUCGGCUGAGCAAUCUAUUAGUGAUAAUGUUCGAAAUGCUCUUGAAAUGUUAUCAAAUUUGUCACAACAAGAUGGCAACGAUAUUGAAGUUAUUUUGGCUCUCUCAAAAUUGUAUAGAAUUCUUGAUUCAGAAAGUGCAUUUGGCUUAAACAUAAAAAACACAAAAUUAAAAUCACAAGUUCUUAAAGUAAUAUAUAAAUUUGUGGAGCGUUCAAAUGAAACCCUUCUACUCCAGAUUGCCCGCAUUAUUUUGGGAUUUCGAGUUAAUGGAAGCAACCUCUCAGGCGUGUGUAAACUUGUAUUCAAAGUGUCUCGCUGUGACAAAAAUGAUAGGCUAUUUCUAGAAGACAACAUUCUUGAAUUAUUUGUGGAAGCUUUAGGAUCUGCCAGUCCCCUAGAAGAUGCCGAGGCUUGUGUUUAUGGAUACGGUGCUCUAAAAUUUCUUACCAUGAAUAAUUUAGUUCUCUCUGCUGUGCUGAGUUUUGGUAUUUUGGAAUUGAUGGUACUACACAUGAAACUAGUGAAUGUAGCACGUUCAGAAGGAUCACGUAUUCCAGAGCAAACUAGUCAUGCUCUAUUUCAACUGACAGGUGCAUUACGCAAUGUGGCUGGAGAAGAGGAUAUAUUUCCACAAUUUGUGUCCACUGGAGCAGUAUCUGAGUUAUGCCGUGCCAUGGAACUUUUUUCUUCUGAUCUUGAUGUUAUUAGCAAUGUAUCACGAACUUUAAGUAUAAUUUCUACCCAUGAUGACUGCUGUAAUGCCAUCAUAAGUUAUGAUAACUGCUUUCAACUCUUUGUCAAACUGCUUCAAAAGUACCCUGGUCGUCAAGAUAUAGUAGUGAGAUUGGGAUAUGCUUUGGGCAAUUUAAUGGCCAAGAGUGAAAUGGCUCGCAUGAAGUUGUAUGAAGAGGAAGGAGCCGUAAGUUCAAUGUUGAACUUACUAUCCAUCUAUUUAGAAAAAGAUCAACAAAUGCAAGAUUUGGAAACCCACAAUCAUCUCAUAAGUUCUGAUGCGGGAUCAAAUGGUUCUAUUGAAGAUGUAAUUGUGAAGAUAUUUAUUUUAAUAGAACCAGGGAAAAUAUUUUUUUUUAAUUUAGUUUUGUCAAUUUUAAAAAAAAAUGUUGCUGCAUCAAGGGGAAAUCAAGGGAUUAUAAGAAACACAAGUUUUCUUAAGCUUGUUGGAGUGCUUUAUUCAAUAUUGUUUCUU